UCAGUCGGGCGUCGGCUAUCCUAAUCUGCACCAGACAGCCCCGGCCGUGUUGUGUUGCCGCUUACAACUGUCUCUUCGCUUGUUUGUCUGAUUGUAUGUAGGGUACCUACCUCUGCCUGGUCUACUCACUCCGCUGCCUGCCUGCCUGCAGUCCACUUCUUCCUGUGCUUUGCGGACGUCCACUUAUGCUUACCUCUUCUUCUUCCUCAGUUCUACGAGUCAGGCUAUCCCCAUUAUUACGACGCCUAAUCAUCCAUUUCACUCUUGAUCCUCCUAGACUAAUCCGCAAUGGCGUCUUCCCAACCAACGUCAUCGGGCCCAAUACUCGAUUCCCUUCCGAAUUCGAAUUCCCAGUCACAGUCAAACACCGAACCCUCCUCGUCGCAACCUCGUGCGAACCCGUCUGAAGCACAAGCCCAAGCCGGCCCUGGUCCUGCACGUCAAGCUGCACUUACGAAGCGCCCAAGUCACCGAGAGGCGGCCCAGCGCAUGUCCAGGAAAUUGCAAAGGUUACGCGGCGACAGUAACCAGCCACACUCUCCCACUAUGGAGCUCCCCGACCGCCUGAAAGACACUGGGAAAGAAGAGGACAAUGAGGAGGAUGUCUUGCAGCCCCAGGGCGGAAUGUUCAUGAACAUGAACCAGAGCAUAUUUGGUCUAAUCGCUGCUGCUGGAAGCACUGUAGAUUUCCACGACCGAUUUGAAGGCCAAAGUUCAGAAGACGAAGAUGAUGUGCCGAAUCACAUGGCCAUGACCAUUGCUGGCCCGGGCAUUAAAGGCACAGCACGCAAUCGCGAAACUGUCGGCACCGGAAAGUCGUUAAGCCAGAUUGUUGUCUUCAACAAGCCACCUGCAAGUGCCACAGCAGAUGCAGGACCAAGCAACACCCACCGCCGACGGCUUUCUGGACACAAGCUUCUACAAUCGGUUCCCGGUCUCUCUCGGCUCUCAAGUUCCCACAAGUCCAAAAAGUCAAAACAGCACAAGGGCACAGCGAUGGCGGAUAACAAGAUCGAAGAAGAAGAAGAUCCCGACCCAUCUUCUCCUCUUCCCCCACCAAACGAAGACGAAAACAAGGCUCCCGGCCUUGCGCCACCAAUAGAGAUCGUCCGAGCAGAAGGGAACGGGGCGCCUCUCAUGAGCAGAAUGCUCGAGGCACGGGCCGAAAUGGCAGCCCGACCCAGUUUUGAUCUUGACAGAUUGUCGGGAGAACAUCGUCGUGAUGACGCCGGCGGAACUGGACAGCUGGCCAAAAAAUUGAAGGAUAUCUUCGAGUUUGACACCGCCGAGGAGGUGAUUGAAGAGUACCCUUGCUGGCUGCUACAACAUGUUCUCCUCCAGGGCUACAUGUACAUCACGGCGAACCAUAUCGCCUUCUAUGCGCACCUACCCAAAAAGGCCCACGAGAUCGCAAAGUCCGGGUACCUGUCGAAAAGCGGCAAACGAAAUCCCAAGUACAACCGCUAUUGGUUCCGUCUAAAGGGAGAUAUCCUCUCCUACUAUCAGGACCCCAAGGAUCACUACUUUCCCGCGGGCCAGAUCGACUUGCGAUACGGCAUUUCGGCCAGCGUCAACGACAAGGAGAAAGAAGGCAACUACUUCUCCGUCACCACGCACCAUCGAACAUACCACUUCAAGGCCGACAGCGCUCAAAGUGCAAAGGAAUGGGUUAAGAGCCUACAACGAGUCAUCUUCCGCUCGCACAAUGAUGGAGACAGCGUCAAGAUUUCCAUUCCUAUCAAGAAUAUUCUUGACAUCGAGGAAACCCAGAUGGUGGAGUUUGCAGAUACUUGCAAGAUUCGCGUCAUCGACAAUGAUGAGACGUAUGCUAUCGACGAGUACUUCUUUUCCUUCUUCAGCUUUGGCAAGAAGGCCAUCCAGGUUCUCAAGGUCCUCGUAGAGGAUUCCUCGCCGGAAGAUUCUGGGGCGAACGACGCCCCUAAGGGAAUGGGAGGAGACGGGGCGAAUGGUGACAAUCUCGGCAGCCCACCAACUCGCACGUUCACCGAAGGAGUCAAAGCUACACUUUCCCCGGUCUCGCCCAUCCAGAUCGCCUCCCCCAGUUCUCGUGCUAGCGGUGAUUACUUCAGGAGCAGCUUCGAUGCCACUCGACCUUUCAGUCGACGGAGUUUCGACGCCAGCCCAGGCACCGCAGGUUACCCAGGAUCACCUCCCCGCAGCCUUCAUGGCGACGGCCGGAGAUCGUUUAGCAAACCCCGCCACGAGCCACAUGCGAGUACCGAUUCGUACGCCCAGAGCUUCGACGACCCUAGUCAGGCGAGUCUAUCGGCCUUGGUGACCUCUGGAAGCAGCGAGGAUCAAUCGGCCAGCCAGAUUCUAAGAGGAAGCGAUGUUUUUCACAGCCCAAUUUUCCGUAGGUCGGCAUCGGCUACGCGCGCGGCAACAGAGGGUGAAGGGGUCGCGGCACCGCCGAUUGUGCGUCAACACACCGCGGGCUUGGUCCGGCUUCAAGGACUUCAUCAUGCAGCAACCACGGGCCAGAUUGGUGACCACACGGCAGAAGCAGAAGGUGGUCCAUCAACACCCACGCUGCAAAGCAUCGCGACGAUGGGCAAUUACCCAUUGCAGAGGGCCAACGCAUUUAUGGGCUACUUGGACCGGCAGUCUAGGCGCAUGAGCAACCUUCUAGCGACAGAGUCUAUGGGAUACGUCGAGAAGGUAUCUGGUAUGUGGAAGGGUGGCAAGAAGCACUACGAUCAACCUGCUCUGGGAAGGACCGAAGAGGAGGAUGUCGAGGAUGACCCCGAGGAGAGAGCUCUGUCCGAAGCCCGUUUCCAGGCGCACUUUGCGUUGCCGGAGACGGAGAGGUUGCAGGCUGCGUACUUUGGGUUCAUCGUCAGGGUUUUGCCGCUUUAUGGCAAGAUUUAUAUCAGCAACCGCCACUUCUGCUUCCGCAGUUUGCUACCUGGCACCCGGACGAAGCUCAUCCUGCCUUUGAAGGAUAUUGAGACCGUCGACAAAGAAAAGGGGUUCCGGUUCGGGUACUCUGGCUUGGUCGUUGUCAUCCGUGGCCAUGAGGAGAUCUUCUUUGAGUUUGCCAAGGCGGAGAACCGGGAUGAUUGUGCUAUUACGAUCAUCCAGAGCUUGGAUGCAGCGAGAUACCUGGCCGAGUCGCAAGAGGCGGAGGAAGCACAAGCAGCGGAAGCUGAGAGGGAUGCACUCAACCAGGCAAGAAACGAAGAAUUCCCUGAUCACGAAAUCGAGCUUCCUCGACAGGCAUCUGGGGUAUCUGAUGCCCCAACGAUAUUGUUCGAUGACCCCAAGGCUUCGUUCCUAAACUUCAAGCCCAGCGAGCCCAUGCGCAUCACCUGUUUGACCAUCGGGUCGCGCGGGGACGUCCAGCCUUACAUCGCGCUCUGCAAGAGGCUACUCGAAGAAGGCCACCACCCUAAGAUCGUCACACACCGGGAGUUCAAAGACUGGAUCGAAAGCCACGGGAUCGAAUUCGGUCCCGUUGAGGGUGACCCUUCCGAACUCAUGCGCAUCUGCAUCGAAAACGGCACGUUCACCUACGCCUUCCUGCGCGAAGCCAACUCCAAGUUCCGCGGCUGGCUCGACGAGCUGCUCACCUCGGCCUGGGAAGCCUGCCAAGGUAGCGACCUGCUCAUCGAGUCCCCCUCCGCCAUGGCAGGCAUCCACAUCGCCGAAGCGCUUGGGAUUCCCUACUUCCGCGCCUUUACCAUGCCGUGGACCCGCACGCGCGCCUAUCCUCAUGCCUUCAUAAUGCCGGGGCAGAAGAUGGGCGGCGCGUAUAAUUACAUUACCUACGUCAUGUUCGAUAAUGUAUUCUGGAAGGCUACCGCGCAUCAGGUAAAUCGGUGGAGGAACAAGUACCUCGGUUUGCCCAACACGAGCCUCGAGAAGUUGCAGCCGAACAAGGUUCCCUUCCUCUACAACUUUUCCCCGUCUGUGGUACCUCCUCCCAUCGAUUACAGCGAUUGGAUCCGCGUCACUGGGUACUGGUUCCUCGACGAAGGAGGCGACAAGUGGCAGCCGCCCAAGGAGUUGACGGAUUUCAUUGCCAAGGCAAGGGCAGACGAGAAGAAGCUGGUUUAUAUCGGAUUUGGAAGCAUUAUUGUUUCGGAUCCGGCCAAGAUGACGCAGGAGAUUAUUGACGCCGUCUUGAGAGCCGACGUUCGCUGCAUUCUCUCGAAAGGUUGGUCCGACCGCUCAGCAGCAGUCGACGGCGUUGAGAAGCCGAAUGUGGCAGACCCAACUCUCCCUCCAGAAAUCAUACAGAUCCAGUCCGCCCCACACGACUGGCUGUUCCAACAAGUCGAUGCCGCUGCGCACCACGGCGGCUCCGGGACUACUGGCGCCAGCUUGCGGGCUGGUAUCCCGACUAUCAUUCGCCCCUUCUUCGGCGAUCAGUUCUUCUUUGCGGGAAGAGUCGAGGAUCUUGGGGUCGGGAUAUAUCUGAAGAAGUGGGGAGUCCAGAGCUUUGCGAGGGCGCUGUGGGAAGCGACGCAUAGUAGCAGAAUGCAGACGAGGGCCGAGGUACUGGGAGGCCAAAUCCGCGCUGAGAACGGUGUGGAUACCGCUAUCCAGGCCAUCUAUCGCGACUUGGACUACGCCAGGAACUUGAUCACCUUGAAGAGGCAGAAGCAUCAGUCGAGGAGGAAUAGCGUUGCUACGCCCACACCUGGCGCCAAGCCCAACGCUCCUGCGGAUGACCAAGAUCAGGAAGCCGAAGAGGACGACAUUGACGCGGACGAUGAAGAGGAAGAGAGCUGGACCUUUGUUGGAGGGAACGAGGAUGAUAUGACAGGGUCGAUGUCCAUGUCGAGAAGUGAUCUGUUGAGUCAGACUGUUGCAAAUUUGAGGGGUGUGAAAGUCGGGAAGGAACCAACUUUGGGAAGCCGGGUGUUGAGUCCUCCGCCUACUAGCCCGGGCGCUAAGAGGGGAACAGGCGGCGUGAAGUAUGUUUAGAGAACGCCCGGGUGGUGAUUG